ACGACGACGACGACUACGACUAUGACAACGACUGCGACUGCAGCGACGAUUCUCUGCCAGCAGUGCGAUUAGUAUCGGCGGGUGUUCUAAUGCAUAUAUCAGUUGCUAUUGAGAGUCGGUGCAGAGAACGCGCGCGCGUGUGUCAAGUGCAAACGUCGUUCUGGUAGUAGAUCGAGCGAUCACCAUCAAAGUGAAAAGUUCCACAUUUCCGGGAGAAAAGAAAGUGCCAUUCGCGCCAAAUUAGGGACUGUGCGUGGUAGUGUCGUCCUUGCCAAGCAAAAUUAGAAGUUGAAGAUUUAUCACAUCACUCUGUAGUGCGUCGUCGCGUGCCAGUCAGUGGGCCAAGGUAGUGACCUUUAUACCUACAGCAGAGCAGUAUUGAAUAAAAGUGCUGUUGACCCAUCGCAGGAUUAAGCACCACACCGAGACCGAUCGUUUGAGCUGUUUUUGUACGAGUUGGACGGUACUAAACGAGAUUGGUAUCAUUUAGAUAUACCGUACCACAUGAGAUAGCAAAAUAAUUACCAGCAACGUAAUUAAAGCCACCAGAAUAGCUCAACGAAUUCAUACCACAGAAUGCAGUCGGAAACGAUGACUGAAAGCAGCGGGUUCUUCGACCGGAUAGUGCAAUUUUUCGUAGAUAACCAAGAUGAGCGCACAAAAGAUUGGUUCCUGUCCGGAUCGUUGACCCCGCUCAUAAUGAUCCUGGCGACGUACCUCUACUUCUGCCUGUACGCCGGUCCCCGGUGGAUGGCCAAGCGGAAACCCUUCAAGCUGGAGAACGUCCUCAUCGGGUACAACGCCGUCCAGGUGCUGCUCAGUAUCGUGCUGGUGUAUGAGGGUAUCCAGGGUGGAUGGAACGGACACUACGACUGGAAGUGUCAACCAGUGGACUAUACUCGACAUCCCAUCGCCAUGAGGAUGGCUCGCGCCGUUUGGCUGUACUACAUCUGUAAGGUCGUCGAACUGCUCGAUACCGUGUUCUUCGUGCUGCGCAAGAAGCAAAAUCAGGUCUCGUUCCUGCACCUGUACCACCACACGCUGAUGCCCGUCUGCGGCUUCAUCGGUGUCAAGUACUUUGCCGGUGGCCAUGGAACUCUGCUGGGCGUCAUCAACUCGUUCAUCCACGUGUGCAUGUACGCUUACUACAUGCUGGCUGCGAUGGGACCCAAAGUGCAGCAGUACCUCUGGUGGAAGCGCUACCUUACCGUGAUGCAGAUUAUCCAGUUCAUAAUCGUGUUCUAUCACACGCUGCAAGUGCAGUUCCAGCCAACGUGCGCCUACCCGAAACCGAUCGCGGCCCUGCUCACGCUGAAUGCCGGUCUGUUCAUCUACAUGUUCAGUACGUUCUACGUGCGAAGCUACCUGCGGAAGUCGUCCGGUCGACGCGUCACCGAAGUCAACAACAACCAAGCGGACUGCAAACCAAAGGAAGUGUCGUCACCGGUGGAGGAAUCGGACAGUCGGACGGCUCCACUACCGGUCAUGGCCAACGGCGGGCAGCACCACAAGAAAGAUCUGUAACCGGAACAAGCAGGAGAUCGAUCAUCGAAUUAGAGGGUCAUGGCGGAAGCGAAUAUCGGAGGGCUUCUCGGGAGUCCGAUGACCGCGCGGAGAUGCGUCGAUACUAGUGAUAGGAGUUAAUGUUUGACUUUUGUAAGAUCCCGUGAAGCUUUCUUAUCUUUCCACUGACUCUGUUUUUUAAUUGUACAUUUUUUUCUAUUAGGAAAAGCCGACUCUAGAUUAUUGAAUAUAUUUAAAUACCGACAAUA